CUCUCACAGACCAUUCCAGGUGUAGGUGCGUGUACAUUGCAGUAGUAGGUGUGUCCAUUGCAGAAUGUUUAAGGAAUUGGUGACAAUUGUCGCUGUUGCUCAACUUUUGUUGAAGCAAGUAACAGGACAGUCGCCAAAAAGCGGCUUGUGCAUUGGGAAUGAUUGCUACACCAUACACCAGGACUCCAAGGCGUUUCAGAAUGCAAAUGAUGUGUGCAGCACGCAGCAAGGACAUUUAAUGACAGUGCGAUCAACAUUGGCCAACGGUGCAAUGUCUACGCUGAUGGCUAAUGGACAUGGAGAUUUCUGGAUUGGCCUGCAGCUUCCUGAAGGACAAUGCACCAACAAUGAUAUAACACUAAGAGGGUAUGAGUGGGUAACAGGAGAUGAAAGCACAGGUUUUUCAAAUUGGAAAGGCAAUGAUUCAACAUGCACUCAGCAGUGUGUCUCGGUUUCCAGUGAUCUAACCUGGGAAGAAAGACCAUGUCAGGAUAAACUGGCAGGAUUUUUGUGUGAAUACAAUUUCAAUAAAACAUGUGAAGCUCUACCCGCAGAUACGGACCUCUCUAUUCUAUACAGCACACCACUAGGUUUUCAGGGAGCUGACCUUAGAUCACUUCCACCGGCAAGUACUGCAACCUGUUCACCCUCUGGUUUCAAAGUUUACUGUUCCAGUAAAGGUGAUUGGAUGAUGGGUCCUUGGGAUUGCCAGAUUGAUAAUGGUGGUUGUGAACAUCAAUGCCAAAUGAUCAACAGUCAGCCCCAGUGCAUCUGUCCACCUGGUAGUCAGCUGAAAGAUAAUAAGGUUGCCUGCACAGAAAUAGAUAUAUGCAGCAUUGCAACUUGUGAACAUACAUGUGUUCCUCAUAAUGACAGCUACUUCUGUAGGUGUCAAGAUGGAUAUGAUCUGGAUCCGGAUGGCAAGCGAUGCAGAGACAUUGAUGAGUGUAUAAUGAAACAGGCUGGUUGUCGUCAAGACCAGGUAUGUGUGAACACACCUGGUAGUUCUGAGUGUAAAUGCAAGUCAGGGUUUAAAGAGGACGAUGGUAAAUGUGAGGACCUAGACGAAUGUUCCAGUUCCCCCUGUGAGCAUAACUGUAUAAAUGUAUUGGGGAGCUAUCAGUGUUCCUGCUUUGAGGGGUACAGUCAAGACUCAAAAUAUCAUCACAAAUGUAAACCCUUGUGCUUCGAUAUUGAAUGUCCUGCAGUAGAUUGCGUAGAAAAAACAAACAGUUCACUGAUGGAUUGUGAUUGCUAUGAUGGAUUUGUAUUGGACACGAGGGAAAAUGGGUAUUUCUGCGUAGACAUAAACGAAUGUGAGAUGGGGACCUACUGCGACCAGCUGUGUGAUAACUCAUUUGGAAGUUACACAUGUUAUUGUCACGAUGGAUACUCUAUUGACAGUGAUGGGUAUUCUUGUGUUCCUGAAGAUACUGAAGAAGGUUCAGGCACCACAGGCGUUACGCCAGUCAUCAGUGUUCUUGUUACCCCCACUUCAAACUAUACUGUAGAUGGGGGAAUUAUUUUAACAUCCGGAGCUCUUCUCGGAAUAAUCAUUUGCAUCGCGGUGGUGAUUUUGGUUCUAGUUUUUCUUGUGCACCACGUACUUAAAAAGAAUGCAAAGUGGGAUGCCUCAUCAGACUUUAAAAGCAGCGGUGCAGAAGAAGAUGUUUGUCUGCAACAGGUGUCCACAUCGAAGUAUGUAAAGCAUUCUUCGUUUAAUGACAUUUUAAAAACAUGAGCGAUGUGUCAAAACGGAAAGAAACUGUUCUUUCUGCAGUAGUAGGCUGCAUAAUCAAAAUAUUGACGUUUUACGAAGUAAGCCAAAUGCUUAAGAAUUAAACAAAUUUACAGAAUAAAUUAUAAACGUGGUUAGCCUUAAAAUAUCCCCAAUUCCAAAGAUUAAAUAGUCAUGCAACUGAUAUAGAUAUUGCAUUCACUUGACAAUAGUGCUAUAGGACAAGAUUAAAAUAAGUUUAGGACAAGUUUCAGAUGAACCGCUAAAUACAUAUUUAAUGAAAAGUUACUGUGUUAAGCUUCAUUAAUCAUCCAUAUGUAAGUCUGGGCGACCUGCGCCCUCAUCACUAUAUAACAAGUGUUAUUUUUCUUUUUGAAGAAAGAUGUGUCUGUUAGCAUUUUCUUCCAUUUGUAAACUCAUCACUUUGUAAAUGUUAAUUGAAUGAAUUGUAAUUGAAAAUGUGUAAUAUGCUAAUCAGUUAUGUAAAAGUCUAAACACCUUUUUACGUGCAUUUAAAAGCUAGACGAUUGUGGCAUCUGUUUAUUGUAAUAUUUUGUUUAUCAACAGUUAAACCAACAUUUUGUUAAAAUCUAAAUGCAUUUUUGUUUUCUAAAUGCAUUUUUAAAUGUAUAUGUUACGGUAAAAGUCCUAAUAUUGGCAGAUUUUAAGAUUUACUGGUACAUCUCAACUCAAGAAUAACCAAGCGGUUUUGAAUGACCGAAUGUCUUUACAAAAUAUUAAGCACGAUAACGCUUUACUUGGUUACAUUUAUCGGUAAAUCUCAUGAAUAACCCUCUUAAGAUUAACGGGUAAGUGUCCCAAAAGCAAUGUAUUUCUUAAGAAUUUCGGACAUUUGCAACCUUAUUUGUUGGUAAAUGUUGACAUUUACCUGUAAAACAUAAGAUGAACCAGAUUUUGACUUUUAUCGUGACAUAUAUAUUAGCUAAAUGCGGGUGUCUUUUUUCUGAUUGGGUUACAAACCCCGGUGAAGUUAGGUUGAUAUUGGCGUUGUUAAUAAUAAUAAUAAUAAUAAUAAUAAUAAUAAUAAUAAUAAUAAUAAUAAUAAUAAUAAUUGUUGUUGUUGUUGUUGUUGAUGAUGCUUUUCUUGCUGUUCUUGUUCUUAUCCCCAUUUGUGUUUUGCAUAAAAAUUUAAAACAUAUAGUACCCAAAUAGUGUUUUGUCAUUUGAUGCUACACAUUCGUUUGCUGUCCUAUUUCUCUAACCUGAUACUUGCGAGUUUUCGCACACCUUAACAUUACAAACCACAGGAGGGACGCCCUGGCAGCUGCGGUUUUUUAAUGGUGGAAAGCGAUACCAAAUACACACACACACACACACACACACACACACACACACCAAGAAUGAAUGCAUAUUGUCCAUUUGCUGCAAAGGCACUACAUUAUAUUCGCUUGCGAGUGCACAUUUAAAAAGAAAAGUGAGGCAGGCUAUGACUUUUAGCUUGUAUAGGCCUAUUUCAUGUUCUUAAGAGGAGAAUAAUAACAAUGCAAUAUGUAUGUGUGAAAUAGCAUUCUUUUGCGAGUUUUUAUGUAGAAGUUAUGAACCAUUAUGUCCAAUGUAAAGUGAAUAUGAGUGCAUAUUUUCUGUGUGCAUAACUACCGCUUAGCAUGACAUCCCCUCCCGUAUCUCUACCUGUCUGUCUGCUAUUUCCUCCUGGAUGCACUCGCAUCACCUCAAACUCAGCCUCUCUAAAUCUGACCAUCUUUUCUUUCCCUCCUCCUCCUCCCCCUCCUCUGAUCUCUCUAUAUCUGUUCCUCUGGAAUCUACCACACUCUCUCCCUCUUCCUCCGCUAAGAACCUUGGAGUCACCCUGGAUCCCUGCCUCUCUUAUUCCCAGCACAUCUCCACUCUGGCACGCACUUGCGAUUCUUCCUGAGCAACAUCCGAAGAAUCCGACCCUUCCUCACCAACUACGCCACCCAGCUCCUGGUCCAGGCCUUGGUACUCUCCCGCCUAGACUACUGCAACUCCCUCCUGGCUGGCCUCCCUGCGUCCGCCACCCAUCCGCUCCAGCUCAACCAGAACUCCGCUGCUCGCCUGGUGUUCUCUCUGCCUCGCUUCUCCCAUGCAACUCCACUACUCCGCUCACUCCACUGGCUCCCGAUCACCGCUCACAUCCAGUUCAAGACUCUUGUACUAGCCUACAGAUGCCUUGACCAGAUUGCACACAGCUACCUCCAGACCCUCAUCUCUCCCUACACCCCCACUCGAUCUCUCCGCUCCGCCUGCACUAGAAGAUGGCUCUGCCUCCUCUACGCUCCCCUGCCUCCAGAGCCUGCUCCUUCUCCACCCUUGCUCCGCAGUGGUGGAAUGACCUUCCUACAGAUGUCAGGACUGCCCAGUCCCUGACCACAUUCCGGCGCCUCCUUAAGACUCACCUCUUCAUACAGCACCUGUAGAACUCCUCUGUUUGUAUCCUGGGACACUAUCACCCUUCAUUUAAAUGUGCUUUAUUUUGCUCUUAUCUGCCCCCUAUUUACUGUAUUUAAUCCUGUACUUCAGAGUACUAUAAUCUGCCAAGUGUUUAAUCUGUAGUAUUUUGUAUUUAAUCAUAUCCUGAUGUAACUAUCACUGACACUUAUCUGUUAUAUUAUUGAAUUGUAUUGUCACACUUGUACUUGCUUGAACCAAAGUCAUUGUAUUCAUCAUUGUAUUUAUCUUGCUCUUAAUUGUAUUAUUACUUGCACUGUGGUUCUUGAAAUGUAUUUGUUUACGACUGUAAGUCGCCCUGGAUAAGGGCGUCUGCUAAGAAAUAAAUAAUAAUAAUAAUAAUGACAUCUUUGAUGAGGUCAAUGUAAAGUCAAUAUGAAUGCGUAUUUUUCAUGUUCAUAACUAGAGACUGCUAACUCGCAAAUCAAUGAGACAUGGCUUAAAUUACUCCUUAGCAUAACAUCUUUCAUUGGGUGAAAUAUUAGUAUUUUGCGCAACUAUCCAGUAUCCAAUAUCAACCUAACUUCACCG